UGUGAAGAAUACAUAAGGGCAGGGAAACCGAACCGCAAUGGUACAAGCCAUAUUUCCUUCCAAUUAGGCCUAAAAAUAACCUAAAAAUGACUUUUACCCUUGACGGAGAGACAUUAGGCCUACUGACUUUUUAAAUGGGAUUUGGCGCAUUCAUUGGCUACUGAAAGGGACUGAGAAAGUUUAGACUGAAACGAACUUCAGGAACAUACAGCCGGACUGUCAUGGAAGAUUUCGGGUCGGCGCUGGAGAAGAACGUGGCGGAUCUGACGGUCAUGGACGUGUAUGACAUCGCCGCAGUGGUGGGCCAGGAGUUCGAGCGUAUUAUCGAUCAGUAUGGAUGCGAGGCUCUGUCCCGGCUCAUGCCCAAAGUGGUCCGGGUGCUGGAGAUACUGGAGGUUCUGGUGAGCCGGAACAGCAUCAGUCCCGAGACUGAGGAGCUGCGACUGGAACUGGACCGGCUCCGACUCGAGCGGAUGGACCGGAUGGAGAAGGAGAAGAAACAUAAAAAGGACCUGGAGUUGGUGGAGGAUGUGUGGAGAGGUGAAGCUCAGGAUUUGUUGUCUCAGAUUGCUCAGCUGCAAGAAGAAAACAAAACGCUGCUCAACAACCUGUCCAUCAAAGAGUGUCCGAUGACAGAAGAGGACAUACAGAAACAGGAAGGUAUGACCGAGAGGGAACGGCAGGUGAUGAAAAAGCUGAAGGAAGUUGUAGAUAGACAGAGGGAUGAGAUCCGUGCCAAAGACCGAGAGCUGACGCUCAAAAAUGAGGACAUUGAAGCACUCCAGCAGCAGUUGAACAGGCUGAUGAAGAUCAACCACGACCUGCGGCAUAAGAUCACGGUGGUAGAGGCUCAGGGGAAAGCUCUGAUCGAGCAGAAGGUGGAGCUGGAGGCGUUCGGUCAGGCACGACAACAGGAACUGGGUAACCUGCGACAGGAAGUGUCUCGUCUUAAAGAACGACUUAAAGAGCAGGGGAAGUCCAGUACUGAGACAGAGGAACCUGCAGGACCGCCAUCACCUGCAAAGUUGACUAAAGCGCCUCCUGCCUGGGGUCAGGAUUUAGCUUCUGAGCUCCUCGUAGGGGGCAUGGAGAUAGAGGAAGGGCCCCUCCAUCUCAUCCCAAGCACAGGGAGCCAAGGAGCCUCUACAGAUGAGAGUGAGGAUGAGAAGGAUGAUGAAGAGGCUGCGUUUUUAUUGGAGGCUCUGUGUGAUGAGGAAAUGUCCGCUAUAGAUUCAAAAGACCCGAAUUGCCCUCGAUUCACCCUGCAGGAACUGCGGGACGUCCUGCAUGAGAGAAAUGAACUAAAAGCUCAAGUAUUUAUGCUGCAAGAGGAAAUCGCGUAUUACAAAAGUGAAGAACAGGAGGAGGAAACAGUCCAGCCCAUGUCCGACCCGUCGCCCACCUUCAGACCAAGCUCCCGGUCCAACUUUCAGCCUGAGUCGGGCAUAAAACGACUGUUUAGCUUCUUUUCCCGAGACAAAACCAGAGGCUCGCAGAGGGUGGCGCAGAUGGGCGAAGGCUUUGGUUCAUGGGCAGGGAAAGAUGACGUGUACACAGAGCAAGCCCAGGAGGCAUUACAACACAUGUAAUGAACACAAACGCUCUACUAAAUGCUUACCUGCACCAUGUGACUAUAUGUCACGAUUACGCUCCCUUUCAUGGUCAACUUUCACAGCACAACAUCUGCAAGCGGACGAGACACGCAGGAACACAGAGGACGGGGCAGUUAAGAGUUACUGAUCUCGCCCCUUAUCUUCACCCAAAGAUACUGCUUGGGAAUCUUUUAUGUGCCUAUUUUGUUAGAUAGACAUUUUGGACAGUUACUGUACAUGGAGAAUGGUGAAAAAUAGAUUUCAGGCAGUAUUGUGAUGGCGUUUUUUAUAGAGAAGAUGCCUUCGAUAGAUAAGAUAAAUAUCUACUUUUAAUUCAAAUUGAAUUAUGAAUGAGACAAUGCCUAGUAACCAUGAAUAUGCAUGUGACUGAAGAAAUAAGUCGAUAAGAUUUUAAUUUUCGAAAACUAUGCCCAAGCCGGAGAGAUAUUAUGAACUUUGGAAUUGCACAAUAGGUUAUUUUGGUGCUCUGAAAUGUUUUUAAAUGAUUCUUAUGGGUUCAAAACAUGUCAAGUUCAUUGACAGCAUCCUUUGCAUGCUGUUAAUUAACACAGAUAAUAAGUUAGACUCAUCCCUCAGUUUAUAAAAAUACAGACAUCGCGUUUACAGUAAUGCACUUACAAUGGAAGUCAAUGGGGCAAGUGCACCAGAGGGGUUAAAAGCAAAAUGAGCACAUCGUAAUUUUGUUAAAGCACUUAUAUUAAUUCCUCCAUGCAAAAAAGGUGUUUUAUUUGAGCUGUAAAGUUGUCUACAUCAUCCUUUCAGAGGUGGGACUACUUUUCUAGGUGCAAGAACAUCUGGUUAUGCAUUACUUACAUAAUUCCUAUGGCUAAAGUUUUCUCUAUGUCAACGGUCCCUUUCUGGUAUUCUUUAGCGUAUUUUGUGAAUGUUAUAGCUGAAAAAGUGGAUAUAAUUCACAGACAAGGGUAGAAAGUGAUUUUAUCACACUUGUCUCAUGUUAACACGUAUAAUGUUUAAGUCUUAUGGCUAUAUUUUUUAAACUGUGUUUUUUAAAGGAAUAUUCCAGGUUCAAUACAAGUUAAGCUCAAUUGACAGCAAUUGUGGCAUAAUGUUGAUAACCACAAUAAUAAUAAUAACAAUAAAAAAAGCUAAAGUUGAGGUUACAGUGAGACACUUACAAUGGAAGUCAAUGGGGCCAAUUUUUGGAGGGUCCAAAAUGCAGAAAUGUGAUGCUAAUAAUGUUAUAAAAGCACUUACUGUACAUUAAUUCUUCUGUUAAAACUUGUGUAUUUUUGAGCUGUUAAGUUGAUUAAAUCGUCUUGUUUGUACGGUCAUUAUAGGGUUUACAGCAUUACGUCAUCAUUGUAACAAAGUUGUAAAAUUGCAUAUAACUUACUUUACACAGAAAAGGUUAGUAAGCGAUUUUAUCACAUUAAAAUUAUGUUAACACAUGUAUUGUUUACUUCUUGCGGCAAUGCUUUUGAAAAUGUGAGUAUUUUGACAUUUACGGAUUGUCCCCAUUGACUUCCAUUGUAAGUGUCUCAAUGCAACCCAGAUAAAGAAAAGGAGGGACGAGUCGAAAUAAAUAUUUGUGGUUAUCAACAUUAUGCCACAAAUGCUGUUGAUUGAGCUUAACUUGUAUUGAACCUGGAAAAUUCCUUUAACAUUUAUCCUGGUGCAAUGCAUUACUCCAUUGACCUCCAUUGUAAGUGCAUUAAUGUAAAUGCAGUUUUACAUACUUCGUACAAGUCCAAAUUAUUCCUGCAGUCCAUAGAGCUUAACAUGUAUCGAACCCCAAACAUUACUUUGAAAAUUGCAUUAAUGCAGAACUAUAUUCAUAAUCCAUAGCUUACUACUGGUAUCUGUCUAAAGUAUCAGUCACAUAUUCAAAUGUCAUUCACCAGCUGUUUGCAUUGCUUGAAUGGUAUUUUCACUGGCAAUAAUAGAACUGAGUACAAGCAUGAAAAUGCUUAACUUUGAUAAAGUGUUUGUUAAGGCAGCUUUGUAAGCUAGAAAUACAUGCCUGUGGGCCUGACUUCAAUUGUUGAACAACUAGUACACCACUCAAUAUGAUGGCAAACUCCAGAAUUGGAAAAAUAAACUAUUUAAGAGUGAAAGAAACUACCACACAAGGGUUUCCAGUAACAUUUCACUGUUAACGGAAAAUGUACUGGAUCCAAUGUAUCACUAUGAAGGAUUAGAUAUAACAACUCAUCUCAUUGUGUAUUAAAAUAUUUUAUACCAUGUAUUGAACUAAAAAUGCUCUUCAUUUCAAACAUGUUGAUAUGCCCAACA